AUCCAACCAAUUGACCCUCAAUUGAUCUAUUUUUAUUGUUAUCAUGUCUUCUUUUAAGUUAGCUAGUGAAUUACCAGCUUGGAAAAAAUUACAAGCCACCUACGAUUCCGUUGGUGAAAAAUUCAGUGUCAAGGACGAAUUUUCCAAGGAUUCAUCCAGAUUUGAAACCUUUUCCAGAACUUUUGAAAACUACGAUGGUUCCAAGAUCUUGUUUGAUUUCUCCAAGAACCUUGUCAACAAGGAAAUCUUGGACCAAUUGAUUGAAUUGGCCAAGGAAGCUGGUGUUGAAAAGUUGAGAGAUGAAAUGUUUGCUGGUGACCACAUCAACACCACUGAAGACAGAGCUGUCUACCACGUUGCCUUGAGAAACAGAGCUUUAAAGAAGAUGCCUGUUGACGGUAAGGACACUGCCAAGGAAGUUGAUGAUGUUUUACAACACAUGAAGGAAUUCUCCGACGAAGUCAGAAGCGGUAAGUGGACCGGUUAUACCGGUAAAGCCAUCACCGAUGUUGUUAACGUUGGUAUUGGUGGUUCCGAUUUAGGUCCAGUUAUGGUUACUGAAGCUUUAAAGGCUUAUGCUCAACCAGGUUUAAAUGUCCACUUUGUCUCCAACAUUGAUGGUACUCACAUUGCUGAAACUUUAAAGAACUUGAAUGCUGAAACUACUUUGUUCUUGAUUGCUUCAAAGACUUUCACUACUGCUGAAACAAUUACCAAUGCCAACUCAGCCAAGUCAUGGUUCUUAGAACACGCAAAGGAUAAGGCUCACAUUGCCAAGCAUUUUGCUGCUUUAUCUACUAAUGAAAAAGAAGUUGCCAAAUUCGGUAUUGACACUAAGAACAUGUUUGAAUUCAAUGACUGGGUUGGUGGUCGUUACUCUGUCUGGUCUGCAAUUGGUUUAUCUGUUGCUAUCUACAUUGGUUACGACAACUUUGAAGCUUUCUUAAAGGGUGCCGAAGCUGUUGAUCAACAUUUCUUGACUACCCCAUUAGAGCAAAACAUUCCAGUAUUGGGAGGUUUACUCUCUGUAUGGUACAACAACUUUUACGGUGCUCAAACUCACUUGGUUGCUCCAUUUGAUCAAUACUUACACAGAUUCCCAGCUUACUUGCAACAAUUAUCUAUGGAAUCUAACGGUAAAUCCGUUACCAGAGCUAACGUAUACACCAACUACCAAACCGGUACUAUUUUAUUCGGUGAACCAGCUACUAACGCUCAACAUUCUUUCUUCCAAUUAGUUCACCAAGGUACUAAGCUCAUCCCAGCUGAUUUCAUUUUGGCUGCUCAAUCUCACAACCCAAUUGAAAACAACUUGCACCAAAGAAUGUUGGCUUCCAACUUCUUUGCUCAAGCUGAAGCUUUAAUGGUUGGUAAGUCAACUGAACAAGUCAAGGCUGAAGGUGCCACUGGUGGUUUAGUCCCACACAAGGAAUUCUCUGGUAACAGACCAACCACUUCUAUCUUGGCUCAAAAGAUCACCCCAGCUAACUUGGGUGCUUUAAUUGCUUACUACGAACACGUUACUUUCACCGAAGGUGCUGUUUGGAACAUUAACUCUUUCGAUCAAUGGGGUGUUGAAUUAGGUAAAGUUUUAGCUAAGGUUAUUGGUAAGGAAUUGGAUGACAAGACCAAGGUUGAAACUCAUGAUGCUUCAACCAGAGGUUUGAUCAACCAAUUCAAGGAAUGGUCUAUCUAACUAGCCAGCAGUAAGUUGUGAAAUGUUUAUAUGAUUUGUACAAUUUUAAUAAAACGAUAAUUUUAAGUAC